GCGACGUGGACCUUCACACUGACACUUUAACUUUAUUUUAGAAUUACUUUCAGCAACUCUUUCAUCUGGAUUUGAUCUCCAGUCUAAGGCGCGGGGGGUUUCUGUUUUUGUUUUGUUUUAUUUUAGUUGCAGGGGGGCGUUUUUUUUUUAUUCUUAUUUCACUUAUAAUAUAAGGCAGAGAGAGUUGAUCCAGAAAUAGCCUGAGACACUGGACAUUUGGGAAAACUGCCCUGGAGUAAAAAUAAUUCUCAUGUAGCGUUACACGUCCGGCUUGUCUUUAAGGAGUUACUUUUGUAACGGCAGAUCGCUACAUUGUUUCCAGACUCGCACAGAUCAAAGGCAUUGAUUAAAGAGCCGGAGCGAUGGGUUUGCACCCGCUGGAGUUCAGUGAGUGUUACCUGGACAGCCCGGGCUUCAGGGACAAAAUUAAAGCUCAUGAAGCAGAGCUGGACAAAACCAACAGGUUCAUUAAAGAGCUUUAUAAAGACGGGAAAAACCUCAUCAACGCCACGAAACAGCUGUCCCAGGCCCAGCGCAAGUUCGCUCAGUGUCUGGGCGAGUUCCAGUUCGAGUACAUCGGAGACGCGAAGACUGAUGAUGAAAAGUGCAUUGAUGAGUCUUUACAAGAGUUUUCCGCCUUCCUCAGGAACUUGGAGGACCAGAGGGAGCUGAUGAUGGCGAACAUCACCGAGACACUGAUGAAGCCCUUAGAGAAGUUUCGGAAGGAACAGCUGGGUUCAGCCAAGGCAGAGAGGAAGAAAUACGAGAAGGAAACCGAGAAGUAUUACACGGGUUUGGAGAAACUGUUAAACAUGUCAGCGAAGAAGAAGGAGCCGCAGCUGCAAGAGGCGGAUGUGGCAGUGGAGACGAUGAGGCAGCACUUUCAGGAGGAGUCUUUGGAGUAUGUGUGCAAGCUGCAGGAAAUCCAGGAGAGGAAGAAGUUCGAGUGUGUCGAGCCUAUGCUGGCUUUCUUUCAGACCGUCUUCACGUUUUACCACCAGGGAUACGAGCUGGCGAAAGACUUCGACCAUUACAAACGAGCGCUGCAGAUCAACAUUCAGAACACGCGGAGCCGCUUUGAGGGAACUCGCUCUGAAGUGUAUGAACUGAUGAAAAAGAUUAAGGACGCUCCACAAGACUACAGACAGCCGAGCCGCAUCAGCAGCGAGGGCUACCUCUAUGUCCAGGAGAAACGUCCUCCUCCGUUCGGCUCCAGCUGGGUGAAGAGGUACUGCACGUUCGUCAAGGAGCAGAAGAUCCUCCACAUGCUCACGUACGACCCCAAAUCCGGCGGCAAGUUGGGUGAAAACGAAUCUGUUACGCUUAAAUCCUGCCUGAGGAAGACGACGGACACAGUGGACCGCCGCUUCUGCCUGGACAUAGAGAUUACGGACCGCCCCGGCAUCGUGCUCACAGUCCAGGCUCUGUCUGAAGAUGACCACAGAUUCUGGAUGCAGGCGAUGGGAGGCAAGGAGCCGGUACACCAUCUUGGUAAAACAUACUCGAAAGAAAGAGGGAUCGAAACACAGCUGGAUGAGGUUGGCGUGAAUUUUGUGAGGAAUUCAAUCAACGCUAUUGAGGCAAGAGGGAUCAAUGACCAGGGCUUGUACAGAGUGGUCGGGGUCAGCUCCAAGGUGCAGAAGCUCCUCACUCUGAUGACCGAUGAGAAGAGUAAUGAAGUGGACUUGGCCGGGUGUGAGGACUGGGACGUGAAGACCAUCACUAGUGCUUUAAAACAGUACCUGAGGAGCCUUCCCGAGCCGUUAAUGACAUACGCCCUGUAUAAGGAGUUCAUCGUCCCUGCAAAGAGUGCGAGUCCGGAGUCCCGUGUUCAGGCCAUACACUGCUUGGUGCACAGAUUACCGGAGAGGAACCGAGAGGUGUUGAGCUUGGUCACGAAACAUCUCGCAAACGUGGCUGCGCACAGUAAGCAGAACCUGAUGACCGUAGCGAACCUGGGCGUGGUCUUCGGCCCCACCCUCAUGCGGCCUCAGGAGGAGACGGUCGCGGCCAUCAUGGAUCUCAAGUUCCAAAACAUCGUGGUGGAGAUUCUGAUAGAGCAGCAUGAAAAGAUAUUUGGAGAUGCUCCGAGCGUUUGUCCGUCCUCGACAUUCACUCCGCUCACCGCUCCAACGCGUCAGUCUAAGAAGCAGGCACGCCAGAGCCGCCCGCUGGCUGUGUACAACCCCCUGGACAUCCACACAGCACCUCCAUCCUCUGAGAAUGUCUCUCCGGGCCCUGAUGAAAGCUCUAUGGGCAGUAACGAGUCCGUGUCCUCGCAGUCUUCUACGGGUUCUAACUCAGAAACCCCCCCGGAGAAGAGCAAACAUCCCCAUGACAACCCCGGAGCCACCCAACAGAACUCUGGAGGAGGAGCGGGCAUGGCAUCAUGGAUGAACUCCACUUCCAAACCUACAGACACACACGCAGCAGCAGCCGGAGGACACACGGACAAAUCUGCAGAGAGUGUCACUCCGAUGAAAGCCAAGGCCGUGUACCCCUGCGAAGCCGAGCACGAUUCCGAACUCUCCUUCCAGGUUGGAGCAAUCUUCCACGCUGUGAUUCCGUCCCGAGAGCCCGGCUGGUUGGAAGGAGAGCUGGAGGGCAAGCGAGGCCUCAUCCCUCAGAAUUACGUGGAAAUACUACAACAAAUGGACUAAGUUUUCAACAACAAAAAUAAAUAAAUCUAAUAAAUGCACAGAUAUUUAAUAUACAUGGUAUCCAUGGUGUGUCCUUGGCCUCUUCCCCAGCUUGUUUUACACGUUUUGAUGAGGUUUUUUGAUGUGGACGUGGCACAUUUAACCUUCCUCUGAACUUCCUCCUGUGUCAUCUUAAAAGCCUGUCGGGAAAGUCAAGGUUCACAAAUUCAAAGCUGUACAUAGGAAAUAUUUCAAGGGUGCGUUUUUUUUUUUUUUUUUUUU